UGUAUUUUUAAUAAAAAAGUUAAAGAAUUGUAAGAUGCUAUCAAGUGUAAGACUAUCAUCCAUAACUGCUAAGAAAUUUAUUAAUCAAUUGAUUCAUCAAACUUCUCGAACAUUGACUGGUUUGAGUUUUGAACUAAAUGAUGAUGAGAAGGCAAUUGAGCAACUUGCAAGAAAAUUUACUGCUGAAGAAAUUAUCCCUAUGGCUGCUCACUAUGAUAAAACAAUGGAAUUCCCAUGGGAUUUAUUCAAGAAAGCUCAUGGACUUGGACUUUUAAAUGUUGCUAUUCCAGAAAAAUAUGGUGGACUUGGGCUCAAUAAUGUUUCUUCGAUGAUAAUUGAAGAGGAAAUGUCAUAUGGAUGCAGUGGCAUAAAUGUGGCACUUGAAGGAAAUUCCCUUGCUUGUGCACCUGUGGCAAUUGCUGCAAAUGAAGAGCAAAAAAAAGAAUAUUUUGGAAGGUUGACCUCAGAACCUCUUGUUGCUGCUUAUUGUGUCACAGAACCUGGUGCAGGAUCAGAUGUUGCUGCAAUUAAAACACGUGCUGAAAAGAAAGGGGAUGAGUGGAUUUUAAACGGCAGUAAAAUGUGGAUAACUGGUGGUGGUGUGGCUAAUUGGUUUUUUGUAUUGGCUAGAAGUGAUCCCGAUCCUAAUGCUAAACCAGGAAAAGCUUUUACGGGGUUUAUUGUUGAUGCUGAUUCACCUGGUAUAACUCUAGGAAAAAAAGAAAUAAAUUUGGGUCAAAGAUGUUCUGACACUCGGGGUGUCAAUUUUGAGGAUGUUAGAGUUCCUAAAUCGAAUGUGUUAGGGAAAGUAGGAGAAGGCUUUAAGUAUGCAAUGGGAGCAUUUGAUAAAACACGUCCUGGAGUUGCAUCAGCUGCUGUUGGACUAGCACAAAGAGCUUUGGAUGAGGCUACAAAAUAUUCAACUGAAAGAAAAACUUUUGGAACUCAGAUUUCAAAUCAUCAGGCCAUUCAAUUUAUGUUGGCAGACAUGGCUUCUGGUGUUGAGUUAGCUCGUCUUAUGGUUAGGAGAGCAGCAUGGGAAUUAGAUCAGGGACGAAAAAAUACAUAUUAUGCCUCUAUUGCAAAAUCAUUUGCCUCAGAUGUAGCUAACAAAAAUGCCAGUGAUUGUGUUCAGAUCUUCGGAGGGAAUGGAUAUAAUUCUGAGUAUCCUGCUGAAAAGUUAAUGAGAGAUGCAAAAAUUUUUCAAAUAUACGAAGGAACAUCGCAAAUUCAACGAUUAAUUAUAUCAAGAGAAUAUUUUAAUCGAUUUCAAAAAAGAUAAUUAGAAAUACGUUUCUAAUUGUUCUUUAGAGUUUUUUCAAUACGUUAUAAUUUUCACAUUUUUUUAUUUUACACUUUAGUUUGAAAAAAUUGUUUAUUAUUUUAUAUUUAAUUUUUUCUGUUGAAUAUUUAGAUGAAAUAUUUAAAUACAUUUUUAUAAAAUCAAAUUUCUUUUUUA